AUGCUAAAAAAUGAACGGAUUUCAAUUUUCUUCAAGAAAGAAACAAUUAUUGAUAAGAAAACAGUUAUCUUUAUUAAUAGGCUUCACAAAAAACAUUCCUAUUCAGAAAAGGACGAUAUUCUCCUAUACAGGGCAGUGGUCAAGGGACAACUUAGUGGACACGCUGUCAUUAAAAUCUUCGAGUCAGGGUUAUAUAUUAACAUUCAGACUGUAAAUGAAACAUAUAUUCUCGAACCAGCAAGUCUUUAUUUUGACCAUGAAGAAAAACAAACAGUACUGUAUGAGCGGUCGUCGAUUUUUGUUUGUGUAUUUUAUCGCGGAAGUGACAUUAAGUUUAACAGACUCUCUACAAAAGUCCAAUUUCCAGUUGACUUUGUUCAGAAGUUUAAUGAAACAUAUGGGCAAGACUUUGACACUGCACACAGAGAUAAAAGGAGCCUUUACAAAACAGAAUGCAACCUUCAUGUCUUGUCUGACCACACGUUUUUUAGGGACACUGGACACUCCAGCGUCGCAAAUACCAUUUCAGAAAUGGCUUAUAUGACCGCACAAGCUAAUCUCGUCUUUAGGAGCACAGAUUUGAACGGAGAUGGAAAAGGUGAUAAUGUAGGUUUUUACAUUAAGAAGAUUACCAUUUAUGAGACAGACGACUACCUCAUGGCUCACGAAGAAGAUGUGGCUAAGUAUCUUGAAUUGUUCUCAGAAUACGACAAUGAAAACUUCUGUCUUGCGACUGUGUUCACCAGUCGAGAGUUUGAUGGUGGUGUUGUUGGUCUAGCUUGGGUUGCAAGUUCUAAUGUACACAGUUCUCCAGGAGGUAUAUGUCAGAAACGUAUCACUUACCAAGGCAAAGGAAUUAGCCUAAACACAAACCUGGUAACUAAUGUUAACAACAACCGAAAGAUGCCAUCAUAUCUAACGGCACUAACCCUCAUCCAUGAGUUUGGGCAUAAUUUUGGUAGUCCACAUGACGAUGUAACCGAUGAAGAAUGCGUUCCUAAAUCGGACUAUGGGAACUAUCUUAUGUAUCCAUAUACUUCAGAUGCCGACAAACCUAAUAAUCUUCUGUUUUCACAGUGUAGUAUAAAUUACAUGUUUCCAGUUUUAAAGAACAAAGCCCAGUGUUUUCAAGACUCAGUGUCCGCGGUGUGCGGAAACGGCGUGGUGGAGGAGGGGGAGGAGUGUGACUGCGGAGCAAGCGUCCUUUGCGCCGAUCUUGACCCCUGUUGCACGCCCAGCGAUGUACUAGACAGUGACCUCCCUUGUACAUUGAGACGCUCACUCGGCAGUCAAUGUUCGCCCACUACCUCGGUUUGCUGUUCUUCUAAAUGCCAGUUUGUUUCCUCAAAUGAGAAUGUUGUGUGUAAAUUUCAUACCGAAUGUACACUGCCGUCCUACUGCGAUAGCCACUCCGACAUAUGCCCAUUACCUAACCACGUUGCUAACAACACACCGUGUGCGAACGACAGGAACACUUGCAGAGACGGCCGGUGUGUAGGCAGCAUUUGUGCCACUGGGGACAUGGACGAGUGUAAAUGUUCAGGAGAGCAUGUCUGUUACAUAUGCUGUUUGCAUGACGACCUUGUUUGUCGCCCGGCUUUAACAGGAAAAGGUAAAGUCAUUUACAAAUCACUUGGACAAGACUGUAAUGACAGGAAAGGCUUUUGUGAUGGCAAAGGUGAUUGUAUUACGCUUGAUCCAGAAGGCGUUAUAAAUAGGCUAAACGAAAUGUUCAGUGAAGAUGACGCUGUAAAGGUACGAAAAUGGUUUCAAUCACACUGGUAUUACGUACUUUUAGCAAUCGUAUGCUUGGCUGGUCUCGUGGGCUUAUUCGUUAAAACGUGUCGAGGCGAAGAUCGUGUACAAACACAUGCCUUCAUGUACGGGAAAUUUGGCCGAAUUCAGCGGGAAGCGGAGCUACAAAAAACCUACUUGGAGAUGCGAAAGGUAGACAUUAAGAGAGACCUGGAGAGGACGUUGCAGCGAAUUGCAGAUGAGACGUCGAAGAUGGGGCUUCCACAAGCUGUAGCGCGGCUGAUGGUGUUUUUCCCAACCGUGUCUCCGGAAGUGAUCUUGCAGGCACUUCGGCUCAGCGGAAGCGAAAAGGUCGCCGUCAAGUGGUUAUUGAUCAGAAACAAACCUUUCCGUCGUUUGUAUAAACCACAGCCGCAAGAUUGCCCCAUGGAAUAUUAG